UCCAAUUAUUCCCAGCAUUGGUGAUGAAGAGGAAAUGAUUGAGGUGCAAUCGAACAGCUUGGAUCGACCCAACGUAAAACCUUCAAAGGAUGUCAUUGAUUUAAGUUUCUAUGGCAUGGCAAUGUUUGGUGAACCCGAUGAUAAGAACACUGCCCAAUUGGUGGCUAACUACAGCGCCGACACAGCCUUAGUUAAUCCUGAAGAAUUGGGCACAUAUUUGGAAGGUGAUAUCUUGGUGCCGAAAAAUCAAAUUAUCCUCAAGAAUGGCAUUACCACACAAAGUUCACGUUGGCCAGGCGGCAUUGUACCCUAUGAAAUUCGUGGUCGUUUCAAUAGUCAAGAUCGGGCCAUGAUUGAGCAUGCCAUUGCGGAAUACCAUCGUCGGACGUGUAUACGUUUUGUACCUCGUACCAAUCAACAGGAUUAUAUUUCGAUUGUUAGCGGCAAUUCAGGAUGUUGGUCUUCGUUGGGUCGUGUGGGUGGCAGGCAGGAGGUUAAUUUGCAAUCUCCUGGUUGUUUGUCAAAACCUGGCACUGCCAUUCAUGAGCUUAUGCAUGCCUUGGGUUUCCUACACGAACAGAAUCGAGAGGAACGUGAUGCCUAUGUUUCCAUACAAUACCAAAAUAUUCAACCCAGUGCUGCAUCGAAUUUCGAUAAGGCUUCACGGACUGUGGCAUUUGGAGUACCUUAUGAUUAUGGUAGUGUUAUGCAUUAUUCGGCAAAUGCUUUUUCGACAAAUGGUCGUCCCACCAUUGUGGCAUUGCGUUCAAUGGGUAAUACCAGAAUGGGUCAGCGUGAUGGUUUCUCCGAAAUGGAUAUUGAAAAAUUAAAUCAAAUGUAUGAUUGUGGUUAUGGUACAGCAGUUCCUGCUCCUAUUCCAGCUCCCCAGCCAGCUCCAGCUCCGAUACCAGCUCCGUUUCCCGUUCCUGCACCCUCACCUAUUGGCGGUGUCGGCAGUAUUGGUGGUACCUCAGCCGUUGAUAAUAACAUCAUUAAUAGUUUUAUUAGCGGCAUAAUGACCGGUUUGGGAUUUGGUGAUGAUCCAAUAGCUUGA